CAAUACAUUAAACCCAAUUCCACCCAUUAAUCUCCUUGACUAUACCUAUAAAUAGAAGGUCGGUAGCACGCAAGGUGAUUAAAACAAUUGACAUUGAUCAGUUGAGAAUGAGCGCCGAGCUGGAGAUCCCGGACGACGACAUGCCGAGGAUGAUCGGGUUCCUCUCGUCCGUCCUCGAGAGAGUUGCGGAAUCCAACGACGGAUUGAGGUGGUCGGAGGCCCAAAAGACGUCUAUCUUCCACGGACUAGCGCGGCCGGCCAUCUCCAUCCGGUGCUACAUGGAGAGGAUCUUCAAGUACGCCAAGUGCAGCCCCUCGUGCUUCGUGGUCGCCUACAUUUACUUGGACCGCUUCGUGCACAAGCAGCCCGCGCUGCCCCUCAAUUCCUUCAACGUCCAUCGCCUCCUCAUUGCUAGUGUCUUGGUUUCUGCCAAGUUCAUGGAUGACAUAUUCUACAAUAAUGCAUACUAUGCCAAAGUGGGAGGAAUAAGCAGGACAGAGAUGAACCUGCUUGAAGUAGACUUCUUGUUCGGGCUAGGGUUCCAAUUGAACGUCUCGACGACGACGUAUCAUCACUACUGCUCUCAUCUCCAGAAGGAAAUGCUGCUUCACUUCCCUCCUCUUUCCACACGUAGAAACAUCCGGUUUCACGUCGACGACCAAGGAUCAACUCAACACCAGUUAGCAGUUUAG